AUGCCGGACAAUGUUGAACUCACUACCACCAAGGGUGGAAAUAAUAUUUCCACUGUAUUCGCUGAUGAAGGGCUUGCCAAAGGUCAUGUCGCUCAAAAGUAUAUCGGCACUAUGGCCGACCAAAGGGAUAUGCAAGCUUUGGGAAAGGAACAAGUUCUCAGGAGAAAUUUCCGGUUCAUUUCAAUCGUUGCCUUUGGAUGUACUCUGAUUGCUUCAUGGGAGGUCAUGUUGACCAUGAUGAGCUCACCUCUGGUUGAUGGUGGCACUGCUGGCUUCAUCUGGGGAUUUGUCGUGGUUUCGGUUGAAUUCGCACCGAGGAAGUACCAGAAGUUCUUGAGUUAUAUCACUGGAUGGCUCUGUGCCACCGGCUGGGAAUGCGCAAUUGUGUCAAUUGCUUUCCUGGCAGGUACCAUCAUUCAAGGACUAGUUAUCCUCAAUUACCCAGAUUAUGUUUCUGAGCGGUGGCACGGUACUCUCAUUACAAUCGCCAUCACCCUUUUCUCCGUUCUCUUCAACACCUUUCUCGCCAAGAAGCUCCCUCUCGUUGAAGCCUUCAUCUUGAUCCUCCACGUUGCCGGGUUCUUCAUUGUGAUUAUACCCCUGUGGGUUUUGGCACCCAUCAAGGACGCAAAGUCAGUUUUCACCCAGUUUACAAACGGUGGUGAUUGGAAUAGCAAUGGUACUGCAACUAUGGUUGGUCUAAUCACUGCUAUUACUGCCAUGAUUGGCUACGACUGUACUGUCCAUAUGUCCGAGGAAGUCCGUGACGCUUCCACAACACUUCCCAAAGCUAUAAUGGCGGCGUGCUCCUUGAACGGGGUCUUGGCCUUUGUCGUUAUGGUCACUCUGUGUUUCACCUUGGGUGAUGUGAAUGAGGUUCUCGACUCCGCUACUGGGUAUCCUUUCAUUCAGGUCUUUUUCAACGCCACCAAGAGCUACGCAGCUACAAACGCAAUGACUGCAAUUGUGACCAUGUCGCUUAUUGCCAGUGUUAUUACUGAGGUCGCUACUGCGUCGCGUCAACUUUGGUCAUUCGCCCGUGAUGGGGGCGUCCCACUGGCUCGCUUUUUCGGUCAUGUCAAUCCAAAUUGGAACAUCCCUCUCAACGCUGUUCUGGUGUCCCUCGUGCUUACGAUGCUGCUAUCACUAAUCAACAUCGGCUCGACUGUCGCCCUGGAUGCCUUGAUCACCCUCACUGUCGGAGCAUUGUUGAAUUCCUACAUCGUCACUGUUUCCUGUGUCGCAUGGAAAAGAAUUCGUGGGGAACCAUUACCCCCACAUCGGUGGUCACUAGGCCGAUGGGGACUUUGGGUAAACCUCGGGGCCCUGGCUUUCCUCAUCCCGGAGUUCGUUUUCGUUAUGUUCCCCCUUUACUCGACUGUGGAUCCCGAGAACAUGAACUGGAGCUCACUCAUGUAUGGUGGCAUGUUGAUUUUUUCCAUCAUCUACUAUGCGUUGUACGGGCGGAAAACUUAUGUGCCGCCCGUGGCCCUGGUCAAGCGCGAAAUCUGAUUUGGACGUUCGUUGGCUGGAGUCGUUAUUGCUGCUGCAUGGACACGCCACCUCUUUCCGUUUUGGUGAUUCUGGCGCAGUAACAGGUCGACGUUGGUGGUCUCCACCGCACCGGCCUAUCGCCUGCAUCGGUGUCGCAAGUGCCUGCGCAUUCUUCGCCGGCGUAAUGGAGCCCGAACUAUGUUUAUUGGCGAUUAGUAUGGAG